AUGUGGCGGGACUCUUUGUGCGCGGCGGUGGGAUACGACGUGAUGUCGACGUCGCCGUGCGCGGGGGGGGUGGCGAGGGGGGGGAAGGGCGGGACUCCGCGCCGCGCUCGCUGCCUGCCGCGCGGCCACAGGCUCUGCCGGGCCGGCUCGGCGCGCGGGGGCGGGGCCCUGGCGCGGGGGCGGGGCGCCGGCCGCUCAGGGCGGAGCAGGGCGCAGGCGCUUGAGGGCGGAGCCUCGGUCCGGGCAGCCGACCCUGGGGGUGGGCGCAGGCGCACGGGCGCGGGAGCGGAGGUCGGGGCGGGGCCCCGGGGGCUGAGUCGGAGACGGGGGGGUGUGGCGUGUCGCCCGGCGGCGCCGGGCGCAGGCGCGCGCGGGCGAGGGGGCGGGGCCGAGGGGGACGGGCCUCCGCCUCCGGGGGGCGGGGGGUCCGUGUCCCGGCGCAGGGCGGCGCAAGGCGCAGGCGCAGGCGUGCGGGCCGGCCGCGGCUCCCUCCCGGGCGCGAGCUGCCUGGUGUCUCCCGUCGGAAGCUGCGGCCGCCGCGGCCAUGAUGGCAGCCGAGUGAGCUCCGGCGCCCGUCGCUGCAAGCCGCCUGCGAGGCCCGGCCCGGCCGGCGAGGGGAAGCGAGGCGGGACGAGGCGGGACGAGGCAGAACGAGGCGGGGCGAGGCCAGGCGAGGCGAAGCGAGGCGCGGCGCGGCGAGGCGAGGCGGGGCGCGGCGAGGCGAGGCGGCCCCGGCGGCGAUGCGAGACGGCGGCGGCCGCGGCUCCGAGCCCCGAGAUCGUGAGCAGAAACAAAAGGAGAUACCAAGAGGAUGGAUUCGACUUGGACUUGACCUAUAUUUAUCCAAACAUCAUUGCUAUGGGGUUUCCUGCAGAAAGACUUGAAGGUGUUUACAGGAACAACAUCGAUGAUGUAGUCAGGUUUUUGGAUUCAAAGCAUAAAAAUCAUUACAAGAUAUACAAUCUAUGUGCUGAAAGACAUUAUGAUGCCACCAAAUUUAACUGUAGAGUUGCACAGUAUCCUUUUGAAGACCACAACCCACCCCAGCUAGAGCUCAUCAAACCCUUUUGUGAGGAUCUUGACCAGUGGCUAAGUGAAGAUGACAAUCAUGUUGCAGCAAUUCACUGUAAAGCAGGAAAGGGACGAACUGGUGUAAUGAUUUGUGCAUAUUUAUUACAUCGAGGAAAGUUUUUAAAGGCACAAGAGGCUCUAGAUUUCUAUGGGGAAGUAAGGACCAGAGACAAAAAGGGAGUAACUAUUCCCAGCCAGAGGCGCUAUGUGUAUUACUAUAGCCACCUGUUAAAGCAUCAUUUGGAUUACAGACCAGUGGCCCUGCUUUUUCACAAGAUGAUGUUUGAAACAAUUCCAAUGUUCAGUGGUGGAACUUGCAAUCCUCAGUUCGUGGUGUGCCAGCUGAAGGUGAAGAUCUACACGUCCCCUUCAGGACCCACGAGGCGGGAAGACAAGUACAUGUACUUUGAGUUCCCCCAGCCUUUGCCGGUGUGUGGUGACAUUAAAGUGGAAUUCUUCCACAAGCAGAACAAGAUGCUCAAGAAGGACAAAAUGUUUCACUUUUGGGUAAAUACAUUCUUCAUACCAGGACCAGAGGAAAACUCAGACAAAGUAGAAAAUGGAAGUCUUUGUGGUGAUCAAGAGAUUGAUAGUAUUUGCAGUGCCGAGCGAUCAGAUAAUGACAAGGAAUAUCUCAUACUCACAUUAUCCAAAAACGAUCUUGACAAAGCGAAUAAAGACAAGGCCAACAGAUACUUUUCUCCAAACUUUAAGGUGAAGCUUUUCUUCACAAAAACUGUAGAAGAACCGUCAAACCCAGAGGCCAGCAGCUCUACUUCAGUCACCCCGGACGUUAGUGACAAUGAACCUGAUCAUUAUAGAUACUCGGACACCACUGACUCUGACCCAGAGAACGAGCCUUUUGAUGAAGAUCAACACACACAGAUCACAAAAGUCUGAAUAUUUUUUUUAUCAAGAGGGAAAAAAUAUCAGAGACAAACUUGAAGAACCUGAAAAAGGACCUUUUUUUUAAAUGGCAAUAGGACAUUGUAUCAGCUGACCAGUGAUAGGAACAGUGACCUUUCCCUGACCAGUUCCGUGGGGGCCUCUCCACCGGCGGCAGGCUUGCGAUGCUCGUCCCGUCCCGUGGGAAGGAGGCUGCCUCGUUAUCAUCUGUAUAUACCUUUUGUGUUCAAAGGACACGUAAAGUUUCAAUUAGGAAAAAUAAAGAUGGCACUUUCCCUUUUUCCAGUUUUAUACAAGUGGAGGCAGACCUGGUGUGUGAUGCGUAGGGAUGUCCCUUUGUGUUCUGCCCCCUCCCGAUGUGGCUUCAGAGCUCCCCGAGCUGUCCCGGUUCCCAGCCUGCCCCUUUGCACUCACGUGGCGACAGAUAGGGCUGCAGUUGGUGGCGAGGAGUUUCCCAAGGGUUUGACUCCAUUGUAAUAUUGCAUGGAUUGGGGUCAGGGGAGUGGAAAGAAUGCUCAGAAAGGCGUCUCUUUGAUGCUGGACUCUGGACCAGGCACCAUCUCCAGCUGUUCUGCAGGCACCUUUCUUUAGCAUGCUACAGUAAUUAAUCCUGGACUUUGGAGAAAUUGGCCUCUCUCACUGCUUGUUGUUUGUGCAUUUUAUUUUUUUAAGCAUAUUGGUGCUAGAAAAGGCAGCUAGAAGGAGUGAUUCUGUAUUAGGGGUACAGGAAUGAACCUUCCACAACAUCCUAGAGCCCCACAGGUUAGGGGUCUAAGCCGAAGGGGGGUCUUAGCUAAGAAGAAACACAGCAACGAUGACUUCACCAUACAAAUGUGGAGGCUGGAGACAAACACCGCGAUUAAAACCGUGACAGUGCUCUCUGAAAUGUGCUUUCUCGCUUGUCCCGACUGCUCCCUGUCCCGUGUAAUCGAGGCCAGUGCUAAAGGUCAGAGGUUGUUAGUCCCCACAUCAGCCCCCAGCUCCCCUCCCUGCUGUGGCUGCUCCAUGUGCUGCCUGCAAGCUUUGCGUCCUCCUUAAACAGGAGCGCGGUUGUGACGCUGCACCGAAAACUUCCCUGGGAGACUCCCCAGUAAGUAAGACCGAAGACUCAUGAUGCAUUGAUUCAGGCACCUAGCUGUCAGCUGUUCUUGCCCUUGGACCGCACACAUUCUAUCACCAUGAGUUUUGCAGUUUUGCACACUUUUUUUAAUGUCAUUAACUGUUAGGGAAUUUUACUUGAAGAAUACUUAGCACCUAGAAUAUUUAUAUAUUAAGAAAGACCAUGACACACGGUAAACAGGAAACAAGGAACUUCUCGGCACUGCCCAGCUGAAAGGAGAAGGGGUCUCGUCUCCUCCAGGUCAGACAGUGUUUGUUGUAGGCUUCUGUUUAAACUGGCAGUGUUGUAUCCUUCAUUCGGAGGCCGGUAGUCGGAAGGAGGGGCUCGCGCUCCCCUUUUGAAUGUAGCCACAGGACAAGCGUGUCCAGACUCCAGGAGAUCAGCAGGGAACACACUGGUAGGCUAUAGCAGAUGGGAGGAUGCUGGUGAAAUUUAUUUUCCAGAAAUUUGGUGUACUUCAAACUAUACUUUUAUCUUCAGGAAAUUUGACUACCAUUUCUUUCUGGUGUAAAAUCCCAUUUUAAUUGACUCAUCGGUGCUGACAUUGGUCAUCAGCUGUGGUCUGACCUCAUUAAUGUAUUGAAUUUGGAAUGCAUUUGGCCAUUUGUAGAGUUUGGAGGGUGAUUCGAUUUGGCAGGAUGUCAUCUGAAGAAUCUUGGUCAAUAAUGCAACACUAUCGGAAUCUGGUAGUCCGUUUCAUUCAGCAGAUUAAUGAUCAAUUUUUCCCCCAGCUCUUAUGAUUUACACGUUUAUGUUUAAUGAUCUUUAUGUACCCAAAAUACUGCUUUGGCGCUCACAAGUGACGCUGGUGAAACUGACCAGCAGGAGGUAGGCGCCCCUAAGAUAGACACAUGAAAUGUGUCUCCCACCACUCACAGAAAGACAAGCACUGCUGACCAAAUUCAGUGUUCACGCUUUUAAGUACUUCAGUUAUCUACACUGUUCGCUCCAGUUUUGGGCUCAAGACAUUACAAUUUCAUUUGUAUCGUGCCAACAGGUCCCGCUGAGGACUGGGUUGGAAGCAGUGACAUUCUAAUGGGCUUUUGCACUCUACUUCCUUUUCCUUUGGAAUGUGAAGGUCUGAAUGAGGGUUUCAAUUCUGAAUGUUUCCGCAUUUUUGAGAAGCCUUGCUUACAUUUUAUGGUGUAGUCAUUGGAAAUGGAAAAAUGGCAUUAUAUAUAUAUAUAUUAUAUAUAUAAAUAUAUAUUAUAAUACUCUCCUAUACUUUAUUUCAGUUACCAUCCCCAUAGAACUUGACAAGAAUUACUACGACUGAAAGGUUUUUUGAGUCCUUAUGAAAACUUUAUUUAUGACAGUAUUCACAAGUAGCCUGAGAUGCAUUCUGCAGCUCAUCUCUUUGAGUUUCUGGACUGUAUGCUUAACCUUUCUGGAUGUGCAGCAGCUUCCAUGUCUGAAAUGACUUGAAGGUAUCCAUCCCUUUCCACAGAGCUCCCCGCUGGGCCCUGGGCCCUCCCCAGGCACCUGGAGCCCCGCCCACCCCCAACCCCUCCCCCGGACUCUUUUUGCCACCAUUCUCAAAGGGCAGUUGAACAGAGAGCGUCAAGAUGAUUUGCUGUGGCGUGGGCUGUAAGCCUCAGUGGAGUUUACAGGCAGCCUCAGAUGGUUCAGCUUUAAAAAAUUAAAUUAGGGUGCAAGGUCCAUGUUUUAGUUCUAGAAAGCGUGUGCAAUAUGUUAACGACGGCUGUGGUUGCCACCAAGUGCCUCGUUCACCUUUAAAUACUGUUAGAGCGUGUCCUGCAUGCAGAUGGAAGGGUUGGAGCUGGGCCCUGACGCGGGGGCUUCUGAGGGGCCUCGACUCUGCCCGGUCACAUUUUCAGUCUGUUUCCCUAUAGAGUAUAUAUCCUAAAAAAGUCCAGUCUGUUCAACAGCCUUACUCGGAUUCAGCCUCUUGAGAUCCUCCAGUGCUGUGCCUCGGUGGCUCCGUGUGUAAUGCGAUGCACUGAGGAUACACAACCACCACCAUACGAUGUGUACAGGAUAAUUAAUGCCUCAUACCAAUCAGAUGUCCAUUUGUUACUGUGUUUGUUAACCCUUUAUCUCUUAGUGUUAUAAACUCCACUUAAAACUGAUUAAAGUCUCAUUCUUGUCA